AUGGCCGAACCUAAAGACGCCAAGAACGAGUCCGGGACCGGCCCCGUGCCGGAGCCCCUCAGAAUCCCGCUCGGGGAUGCUGGGGUUGCGGAGCCGUACAGUAUCUUCACCCGAAAGGAGAAAUGGUUCAUUGUCGGGAUGGUUGCCGUUGCUGGGUUCUACAGCCCUCUACCUGCGAACAUCUACCUUCCUGCGAUACCUAAGCUGUCAGAAGCAUUCGGUAAAUCUGUUGAGCUGCUUAACUUGACUGUUACCGCGUUCCUUGCAAUGCAGGGCAUAUACGCGUUCUGGCUCUUGAUCGUCCUCCGCUGCCUACAAGCGGCGGGUUGUGCUAGUACUAUUGCAUUGGGCGCGGGUGUGAUCGGUGACGUAUCGACACCGGAAGAGAGAGGAGGCUUCUUUGGCAUGUUUAACCUUGGGCCCAUGAUUUCGCCCUGCAUCGCUCCCGCGAUCGGUGGUGCCUUGUCUGACAAGCUUGGAUGGCGAUCAAUCUUUUGGUUUUUGAUUGUGAUGGCGGUUUGCUGCCUUUUCUUCAUCUUACUGUUCCUACCGGAGACUCUUCGUAACCUCGUCGGCAACGGUAGUGUCACCCUCGGGGGCGUCUACACACCACUGGUUCCUGUAGUAGGUCGCUCCCGCAAGAAGCAAAAGACAACGCCCUCGAAGCCGGGAGUCCGCCCCUCUAUCAACCCCUUCGUCAUCCUCGUCUACCCCGACGUUGCUAUCACGUUGGCCUUCACUGGCGUUGUCUACGCCGUCAAUAACACCGUCGUUACUACUGUUGCCUCGUCCUUUGCUAGGGUCUACCCGUGGCUAUCUGAGACAGCGCUUGGGCUGUGCUACCUUCCCACAGGCUUCGGAAUGAUUGUCGGGAGCACCUUGACUGGCAAAUUUCUCGACUGGGACUACGCCCGGAUCAAGAAGCAUGUGGAAGAGUCUGAUGGAGCACUCGAGUUCCCCAAGGAGUAUGCCCGAUUGAGGACUAUGCCUGUACUCCUUGUGCUCUUCUCAGGGGCGGUGAUUGUCUGGGGCUUCUGCGUAGACAAAGGCGUACACAUCGCCGUACCACUCGCCUUGCAGGUCGUUUUGGGAUACACCUCGAUCUCGAUCCUCAACACCACGAUGACGCUGAUGAUUGACAUCUUGCAGACCAGGAGCUCAGCAGCAACCGCUUGUACCAACCUUGUGCGAUGCCUGCUCGCCGCUUUGCUUGUGGGUCUUAUCGAUAGAAUGACUGCUGCCCUCCGCGUGAGCUGGAGCUACGUCCUUCUAGGAGGGGUAUGCGCCUUAAUGCUACCUCUCAUGUAUAUCGAGAUGAAGUUUGGCCCAAAGUGGAGGCUGACCCGGGACUUGAAGUCGAUUGAGGAUUAG